AGUGAACAUUACCAAGGUAUCGCCGUCCAAACAACAUAAGCGUAUCCGCUUCAAAGUUAUUUCCGUUUAUUUACAUUUUAUUGACUAAACCGAUGAAUUCAUGACAUAAAACAGAAGACAGUCAGGAUGACCACUACAGAGUCUCCAAAAAUUGAAGUCACCAGUUUUGAUGAUGAUGACGAUGACGAAUUAGAGAAAGAAUUAGACUCAUUUAUAGAAGAAAAUGAAAACAAGAAAGAAGAUAAAGAAAAAGAAGACGAUGAGUUGUCAGAUAAAGAUAAAGGAGAAGAUGAUGAGGAUAAUGAUGAAUUGAAGAAUAAAAGAGAUAAAAUUGAGACUGAAUCUCCAAAUAAAAGUGACGAUGAAGAAGACAAAGGUCAAAAAGGUCGUUCAACUGAUGAUGAGGAUUCUGAGCUUGAAGAUUAUAAAAUAACUGAAGAUCAGAAGAGAGCCUUGGAAGAAAUGGAAAUGAUGAAAAGUGAAUUAGGGUUACCAGAAGAAGACCCUCCUGAGUACGAUGUGAAAGAAAAAUUGAAAGUUUAUAAUGAAGAGUUGGCCAAUGACCCGACUCCACUGGACAAAAGGAAGGAUUCAAAAGUUGGAUUCAAAGACACUUUAGUUGAUUUGGUGGUGCCCCCUAGUGAUGAUGAUGAAACACCACGACCCUCAGAGAAAUCAAAGCCAGAUUCUGAAAAUAAAAACAAUAAUAGUGAAAAAAUUGUCAUAGAACAAGAUGGAAAAUUUGAAGUUGUAAGUAGCGAUGAUGUUAGAGCCAAAGAAAUGGGACUACCACAGUUCAUUGACGAAUCGUUAAACGAGGAUAACAAGGAAAAUCGUUCAUCAUCGUCCUCCCGACAACCCACACCUCCGUCCAAUCCACGUCCAUCAAGCACUUCUUCCAGUUCUAGAAGAGUUGUUCGCCCUGGUUCAUCAAAACAGCGUGCUCAGUCAGCACGAACAACACAAGAUUCUCAUAGACCAUUAGAAAAUUUUUCAUAUAAUUCACCUUAUGCAAUGACACCGGAGGAUAAGAAACGACUGAAGCAGCAACAGGAAGAAAAAGAAAGAAGAAAACAAGAGGAAAAGAGGAGAAAAGAAGAGGAAGAAUAUACAAAACAACGAGAUAACGAUGACAUUUUUCAAUCUUGGUGGUCGAAAAAGAGAGAACAAAAGAGAGAGCAACAGAAACAGGAAGAUCAGGAAAGAAAAAAGAACGGAAAUCAAGAAAAAAAAUAUCGCAGAGACCAGCAGGAUGAAGGGUCAGAUGAUCAUCUCAAUGACGACGAUGAUGAGCAUGGAGAUGAGAAUGAGUCCAUUACUGAAUCAGAGGCAAAAGAAAUAGAAGAGGCAUAUAACAAUUGGUUAAAGACAAAAUCACGACAAGUAAGAGAAGAAAAAUUGCUUAAAAGACGUCAAGAGAAAGAACAGACUGAUGGAUUUAUUAUCAGGAGUAGAACAGAUUGUGACCAAGCUUUCAGAGGAUGGUUGAAGAGAAAGAAUUUAGAAGCAAAAAGACACAGACAGGAAGAGAAACAGCUAGCAAGAAUGCAUCGCCUUGCAGCACGGAAAUCAAGGAAAUCUCUUGCUCUCGCCAAAGCCAUAAAACAAUCAAAUGCAUUUAAAUAUGUUGACUAUUAUGGCUACAGAUUUUAAUCAUUGCUAUGGAAACUAGCGUGAAAUAUGCAAGGGCUUAUGGGAUGUCUGACUGACAAGGAAGAGAGUAGAUCUGAGAAUUGCUAUGGUUACCUCAUUAUAUCUAUUACUGCCAGUUUCAAUGGCAACUAUGAUGUUUCCAUGGCAAGGUACAAAGUUUCUGUGAUAUUUGAUUAAAUUUAUCUCUUUAGGAAUGGUGUAGAAUGUUGAUUGUAAUUUGUUACUAUAUUUUUAUCAGGAAAAUCAUGUUCACGAUUGAUGAAUGUGUGUGUAAGUAUGCCAUAUUCUGUAUUCAUGGAAAACUUUGAAUGAUGCCUUCUUGGGGCAGGAGAUGGAGAGCAAAAGAUAUGUAUAGAAAAUCGAGGCAUCUUUCAAAAGACGAAAAAUUCAGAAGAAAAUAGAAACAUUUUGAAGAAAUUGAAUGUUUUUAUAUUUUUUGGUAAAAAGCUGAACAGAGCUUUAAACUAUGCUGAAUUCAAGUUAAGUUUUCUAUGUUUAUGUAUGUGUAUAAGAAUCCAUGUUUUUCUCCCCUUUCCUGCUGAAUACAGAGUAUAGAUUAGAGUAUAAAUGCUUAAUUAGCCAUUAGUAUGUAUAUUUUUUUGUCAACUGGCCACAUUUUUUACUGUUUAGGAAAUAGAAAUUUAGGAAAAAACAUUCCAUGUUCUAUAGAUUUCAUAAUUCUGGUCCUUUAAAUCAUUAUUUUUUUUUAUAAAGUUUUGUCAAAGAAGAAAAAAAUUUUGCUGUAGUGCGAUUUUUUCUGUAACUUUUUCCUGUUAUUAAUUUUAUGUUGCUUUAAUGUAUAAUGUCAUCGUCAAUAUAAUCUACAGAACAAGUGUUUAGCCAUGUCUCGUAGAAAUAGUUAGUAUGUCAUUUUCAUUAUAUGUUUUUUUUUUUCCAAAGUGAUAAAAAGUAAAGUUUCGUAGAAAACAGUUGUAAAAUAAAGUUAUUGACGAUAUGAAUCAAAAUUGCAGUAUUUGAAUGGGUAAUUUCAUUUCUAUUUUAUGUACCCUGACCUCAUUGUUUUGGAAAUAUUUGAAAUAAAUACAAAACUAGAUUUAUUUAUUGGUUUAAUUCAGUUGAUUUAUAUAUUUGAUUUGCUGAUGAUUUUAUUUUUGUUUUAAAAAAAAAAAGGAAAUGUCAAAAUAGUAAAAUAAACAUCAGAGAAAUCUUCUAAUGGAUCAGGAUUUGAUAUAACAAAAUUGACAAGAAAAGAAUUCAGAACAAAAUUCUUAAAUAUUGUUUUUUAAAGAAAUAAAGAGUUGGAGAAUUAUGCAGACCAAAUAUUUUCACUCAUAAAACUGGGAAUGGAAAUAGGGAAUGUGUCAAAGAGACAACAACCCGACCAAAGAGUAGAAAACAGCCCAAGGCCACCAAUGGGUCUUCAACACAGCGAGAAAAUCCUGCACCCAGAUGCGGUCUUCAGCGGGCUCAUAACUUUAUAUAUUAUGGCUUUAAAUUUUUUUCAGCAAUUUAGCAAUAUCUGUAUUCAUUUGAUAAAUUCAUGAAUUAUUUUUUAAUGUUUACUCUUAUAAUUGUGCUAGAUUGUCCUGAAUGUCCAUGAAAUACUUGCUACUAGACAAUAAGCAAGCAGCAAGCAAUCAUUCUUAUGCUAGAGAAUAAUUCUUUUAUUACUAAAAACAAUUUCAUGGUUUUAAUUUGAGGCUUUCUGAUUAUAAACAGUUAGAUUAGAAUUCUGAUACAUUUAUUUUCACAUACUUUAAGCAUAAAUGUUAACACCUAUGACCACCAUACAUUAUUUCUAAAAAAUAGUAGAGUUUCAACUUCAAAGUAAUGUGUUAGAUGAAAAAAAAUUAUUGGGGUUACUAGGAAAAUAUUGUUCUAUUGAAUAAAAAAAAACUAGAGUAGUAACACAACACAAAUGCCAACAGCCUUCACACAAAUUUGCACAGGAUCAAAACAUACUCAAAUCAAGUCUGUUAAUUUAUUUAAAUACUUGUCCAGAAUGGGCGAUAUUUACCUGAGUUAUCUCCCCUAACUUGUUGUUGUACAAUUCAUGUUAUGCAAACGAUAUCUCCAGUUGGCAGAUUUAUGUUACUGCAAAUUCUAAAUGAAAUCCAGUGUACAUUGUGAUAGAUUGAUUUGCUGCUUUCCUGGUGCCAAUUUUAAAUGACAGAUCAGCACUAAAUUUUACCUCAAGAGAUAAUUUAAGGCUAAUUAAAAAAAUUCAUUUAUCUCCUUGAUAUUUGAUUUGUGAAUUUUCUGUUUAAAAAAAAAAAUUAUUGCAUGGUUCUUUUCGGUAAAAAUAGUGCUCCCUUCCUCCAUUGAAUAUUUAUUGUUGUUGAAAAAUGUAAAGAUUUAUAGUGUAUGGCCUUAUAUAAAUGUUACUUCUACGCAUUAUGGCCUAUUUUGAAAAUUUAACCUUUUUCUUGGGUAUGGUUCCUUGAAUAAUUAAGAACAGAUGACAUUUUGUUUUAAUGAUAUUUAAUCAUGUUUUAAUAUGUACAAUUCACACAAGGUUAUUCUAAUAAAAAUAACUAUUGUUGGUAAAUAUUCACAGUGAAUGGUGAGAUUCUGCCCAAUUCACUGAAAUAUCAGUUUAUCUUUACCUUGUGGAUUGUAAUACAUAGAUAGAAAAAAAAUAAAGAAAUUGUAGAAAAGGGACUAGCAUAAAUAUUUCUUUAUAAAGUAAAUCUGAAAAAUUAUUUGUUGUAUUCCAUGGACAUAAACAUGAAUUUUGGAAUAAAAUUCUAUAUGACCCCUGUAUGAAUGGGUUUGACUUUACAAGGUGUUUGUUUAAAUUACUUCUUAAUUUGCUUUUUUAACAUGUUUCAUAGGUAAUCUGUAUUAGUGUGAUCAUGAGCAUCAAGAGGAAAAAUUACAUUAAGAAAAAAUGGUUUCUUAAAUUUGUUGAUCAACUUGCAGAAUUUAUUGCAGUAUGUACAAGUGACUUACCACAUGUUGAGUUACCAUCUCAAAAUUAAACAAUUUAUUUCCAACUUUUGAGAAACACUCAUAAGUAGGCAAAGCAGACAUUAAUAAAAGGAGAUAUAUGAGGGAACUGAAAGGAUAUGCAAACGAUUACUAGUUUUCAGUUGUAAUUGUCAUACAAUGCAGUAUUGGUUUUGCUCAUUGUUUAUUUCAGUACUGUGACCUAUAGUUGCUAACUUCUACAUCAUUUGGUCUCUUGUGGAGAGUUGUCUCAUUGGCAAGCAUACUACAUCUUCUUUUAUUUUGAUAUAGUACUAAAAUUCAGUCAUCAAUGUUGUGCUUUUUUUUUUCUCUCACUUUUAUUCAAGAGAAGUAGAUAGACAAUUGGAGUCAACUAAAGUUACAUUCCUUUAAAGUAAUAACAUUUUAAGAUGGACCCUCUUAAUAAUUAACUCAUGUAUCUGAAUUAAUGGAUUUUACUGUAGUUUAAUGAAUUAUUUAUACUUAUUAUGCAUACAAUUGUUUUUAUAUGUUUAUUGUAACAGAAUGUGUUUGGAAGUGAGUGCUGUCAUCAUACUGUGUCAUUUUAUCUGGUAGAACAUUUUACAAAUAAAUAAAUAUUUUAUAAUUA